UCUCCACCGCCCCCCCCUCUCCCCACCCACGCCCCAUGUCGCUCUUCCUCGCUGCCCCGCGCGCCGGCAGCAGCAGCAGCAGCAGCAGCGCCGGCAGCAGCAGCAGCAUCAGUGCUGUCGCCGCGCUUAGCCUCUCGCUGCGCUCUCUGCAUCUCUCGGCCUCGCGCAGUGCCGCUGCCAAGAAGGGCGUCAAGCCCCAAGUAAAGAAAAAGACGGCCAUCAAAAAGACGACGUCUGGGCCUCGCGGCGGCGGCGGCGGCGGCGGCGGUGCCAAAGGUCGGCGCGGCGGCCUCGAUGCCGCCGCGGCGCGCACCAACCCCUUCUUCGUCGCCCCGGCGCCGCCCAAGCUGCCGCUGCUGACGCCGGCGCAGUACGCCGGCGCAGAGGAGCGCGUGGGCGAGGCGUUUGCGUGGAGCAAGUGUGUCAGGGACCUGCACACGGCCGGCGUGAUGCCAAAGGGCAUCAGUAGGGAGUUCGCCUCUCAGCCAACGCCACGCACCAUCCUGCGGCCUCUCUCACUCUCGCUCUUCUCCUCUCUCGACUCCCUCUCCGGCUCCGGCCGUACCCCCUCUGCGCCGCGCAUGCUCGUCGGUCCGCGCGGCGUCGGCAAGUCUCACGUGCUGCUGCAGUGCGUCGCCCACGCCCUCGAGUCGGGCUGGAUUGUGCUCUAUAUUCCGCGCGGCAUCGGCAUGAUCAACUCUACGUCUCCAUUUGCCUACGUGGCCUCGCAGCAGACGUAUGCCCAACGCGCGCUCUCGCAGUCCGUCGCCGCCAACCUGGCGAGUCAGGUGGCGCUGGGAGACGUGGCAGUGCUAGAUCUGCCCCUCGAGACCGACCUGCCUCGCAGUUCCGCACGCGAACUCGCCGCGCAUCUCGCCAACCACGCCGCGGCGCUGUCGCCCUCUGCGCUUGCCGGCGGCCUGCAUCUGCUUCUCCUCUCGCUCGCCGCGCAGACAAAGACACCCAUGCUGCUGGCCAUUGACGAUGCUCAGGCACUCUACAUGCGUUCGGCCUACAAGGAUGCCGAUGCGCGGCCGCUCGAAGCCUGGCAACUUAGUCUACCUCGCUCUCUCCUCUCCCUCCUCGACAGCCACAAGAUUCAACGCGGCGCCACCCUGGCUGCGCUCGGGCUCUCGACGUCCGAAUACCGCCCGCCCGCGGCGCUGCUGCGCGCAUUGGGCAGAGAGGAGUUGCAUGGCUGCAACACGGGUUACACGCCGCUCAAUGCCUACUCGGCCGUCGAUGCGACGCAUGAGCAACAUGCGCGCGCCGCCGGGUGGAAGUGCGUCGAGGUGGGCAAUCUGCAGGCGAGAGAGGCAAAGGGCAUGUGGGACGUGAAGCGCAUGGAAGGAGCGACAUGGAAUGGUGAGUUUUUUUCCUUUUUCGCGGCUGUGUGUGUGGGCCAUGGCCAGAAGUACGGCACGCUGAUUUGA